AUGGGUGUUCAUGGUCGUCUUUCUUCAUCACCAUUUCCCAGAGUCUAUAAUCUCUUCCUUUUCAUCAUUAGUUUGGCCAUUUCCAAUCAUGCAUUUGCAGGCAUUACAAGGCACUAUAAUUUUAAUAUUGAAUUAAAAAAUGUGACAAGACUAGGCUACACAAAGAGUAUUGUCACUGCAAAUGGAGAGUUUCCUGGACCGAGUAUUGUAGCGAGGGAUGGUGACCGUUUAGUUAUUAAAGUGGUCAGCCAUGUCCCAAACAACAUCACCAUUCACUGGCAUGGUAUUAGGCAAGUUCAAACAGGGUGGGCUGAUGGGCCUGGAUAUGUGACCCAAUGCCCAAUACAAACAGGAAAGAGCUUUGUGUAUAACUACACGGUUGUAGACCAGAGAGGCAGCUUUUACUGGCAUGCCCACAUAUCAUGGCUAAGAGCUACUCUCUAUGGUCCCAUGAUCAUUCUUCCAAAGCGUGGCACUCCUUACCCAUUUCCUAAACCCCACAAAGAAGUUCCAAUCAUCUUUGGAGAGUGGUGGAGUGCAGAUACAGAGGCAAUUAUUGACCAGGCUUUGCUAAAUGGUGGGGGCCCAAAUGUCUCAGAUGCCUAUACCAUUAAUGGGCUUCCAGGCCCAUUGUAUAAUAGCUCAUCUGAAGACACAUUCAAGUUGAAGGUGAAGCCAGGAAAGACUUAUCUUCUUCGUCUAAUCAAUGCUGCACUUAAUAGUGAGCUAUUUUUCAGCAUUGCAAACCACACACUGAAAGUGGUUGAUACUGAUGGUAUUUAUGUCAAACCUUUUGAAGUUGACGCCGUUAUCAUAGCCUCUGGACAAUCCACAAAUGUUAUACUCAACACCAAAUCUGAGUUCCCAAAUGCCACAUUCCUCAUGAUCAUUAGGCCAUUUUCGCCAGGUCACCCUUUUGACAAUACUACCAGUGCAGGAAUCUUAAAAUAUGAAUCUCCAAACUCAACCCUUGCAAUCCCAUGGCAGAAACUUCAGCUCUUGAAGCCACUAGUCUUGCAUGAUCUAAACGACACUUCAUUCGCAAUAAAAUUUAGCAACAAACUUCGUAGUUUAGCCAAUGCACAGUUCCCAUCUAAUGUUCCUCAAAAGGUCGAUAAGCAUUUUUUCUUCACAGUUGGCCUUGGAACUAGACCAUGCCAACAUAACAAUAAAACCUGUGAAGGCCCCAAUGGGGCAAAGUUUGCUGCCUCAGUGAACAAUAUUUCUUUUGCACUCCCAAACACAUCCCUCCUCCAAGCCCAUUUUUCAGGUCAAUCAAAGGGGGUUUACAGUCCUGACUUUCCUAGUAUUCCCACCUUCCCAUUUAACUAUACAGGAACUCCACCAAACAACACAUUGGUGGAAAUUGCAACAAAGGUAGAGGUUCUUCCAUUUAACACAAGUGUGGAGUUGGUGAUGCAAAAUACAAACAUUGUUCUUUCUGAAAGGCACCCUUUUCAUCUCCAUGGAUAUACCUUCUUUGUAGUUGGAGAAGGCUUUGGGAAUUUUAAUUCUACUAAAGACCCUGCAAACUUCAAUUUGGUUGACCCUGUGGGAAGAAACACUGCAUGUGUUCCUUCUGGUGGAUGGAUUGCUAUAAGAUUUAUAACAGAUAAUCCAGGUGUAUGGCUUAUGCACUGUCACUUGGAGGACCAUGCAAGUUGGGGGAUGAUGAUGGCUUGGGUAGUCUUGGAUGGAAAGUUGCCUAAUCAAAAAUUACUUCCUCCACCUGCUGAUCUUCCCAAAUGCUGAACUCUAUUAUUCCUAAUAAUUUUGUGACCCAUUUUUUUUUCUUUUUCUUUCGACACUUUUGGGCUGCUUCAAUUUCAAUAGUUGUUGUCUUCAUUCUUAUAGAUUAAGAAUAAUGAAGAGGAACGAAGAGACUAUUUUUGGGAAUA